AUGUCUGCAGUUCAUGGGAAUAUGCGCGUUGGAGAUCUGAAUCAUUUCCAGAUGUAUCACGAAGGGCCUCUGCAGAUGAACAGCAUGGUGAACUCAGAAUAUGGAGCCUCAGAUGUGACAAACUACUUCAACUCUGCAAACUCUGUACCAAGGGCGGAUAAAUGCGUGGCCAUACUCACCCACAGGAGAAAGAGGACCAACUUCACCCAGCAGCAAAUUGAGGUGCUGGAGAAAGUUUACUCAGAUACAAAGUACCCUGACAUCUACCUACGAGAGAGACUGGAGGCUCUGACCGGGCUACCGGAGUCCAGAAUUCAGGUGUGGUUUCAGAACAGAAGGGCCAAGUCUCGUCGCCAAGUUGGCUCAUCAGUGUCCAUGAAGGUCGCCAAUCCACCAGCAGCUGGACCCUUCAGCCAACUCCAGAGCAGGAUGGGCCCAGAGAAAGUUUAUGACAACAACCAUGGCGCAGAGCCACACAGGAUAGGAGGUUUUGGAUUAGAGGACAGUUUCAGACCUACAAUGCACCAAAACGCUGAGGAUUCACACCGGACCAGUCUAUCCACCAAACCCAGCAGCUAUGAACACACAUCGGUCUCCUGCAUCUAUGAGAAGGAGGGAACCAGAGUGAAGCCCGAGCAGAUGCAGCGACACGAGCUGAGCGUUGAUGUGCCAUGCUGUAACGUCCAUCUGUAUCCCAAGGACAUUGAGGCCAACAUGACAGGACACCAGGGUCCAAAAGUUCUGGUGGAAUAUGACAAUUUCCCACCCAACAAAACCAUUGGCCCAGAGAUGAAAGUUGUGAUCCCUCCCAUCCCAACCCAAAAUAACUUCAACAGGUCAUCACCAAAGGAUAAUGGAUGCCAAAUCCAGUAUCCACAGGUGAGGGCCACAGGUGACAGGUUCAGUCACUUUUCCCCAAUCCACGCCACUGAGGCACAGGACUUUACUGAUUCAGACUCUGACUGGGAAAACGAGGCUAUGGCUGGCUUUGGUGGCUUUAUGUGA